CCCGGCACUAUUUACUAGUUGCACCGCCAAGGGAUGACUCGAAUCCGAGCGGUGGAACAAUUCUGAGUAAUUGGGCUACGUUUAAAAUCCAGAUCCAUCCUGAUGGAUGCGGCUAUUAAUUCGCCUCUUGACAGUGGCUCUCUGGGAGUGGGCCUGUCGCUCGUCGGCGGGAUGGACCCCGGCAUGAUGACGGCCGGUGCCGGGAAGCGCAUCCGUAAGCCCUCGCUGCUCUUUGAGGGCUUCGAGAGCCCCGCACUGCCCACCGCGCCCCCUCCGCCGCCCGCGCCGUCCGGCCCCACCAUGCCCACGCAGCCGACCCAGCCCCCCGUCAGCGACCCCUCCCGGGGCGGCCGCAUCACCAACCAGCUGCAGUUCCUUCACAAGGCCAUGGUCAAGGCCCUGUGGCGCCACCACUUCGCCUGGCCCUUCCACCAGCCCGUGGACGCUGUGCGCCUCAACCUGCCGGACUACCACAAGAUCAUCAAGCAGCCCAUGGAUCUGGGGACCAUCAGGAAACGUCUGGAGAACAACUACUAUCGCAGUGCCAACGAGUGCAUACAGGACUUCAACACUAUGUUCACCAACUGUUACAUCUACAAUAAGCCCACUGAUGACAUAGUGCUGAUGGCUCAGUCUUUGGAGAAGGCGUUCCUGCAGAAGGUGGCCCAGAUGCCGGAGGAGGAGCUGGAGAUCGCCCCGCCGGCCCCCCGCAGCAGGCCCACCAAGUCUGGGAGAGGCCGCAAGGGACAGCGGGGGAUGCGCCAUGGACAUGCUCCGGGGGGCGUGAGCACAGCUCACCAGGUGCCGGCGGUGUCCCAGUCGGCCUACUCCUCGUCCUCGUCCCCCGACACGCCCGACUCCCGCUACCCCACCCCCCCACAGACGCUGCUCGCCAAGAGCCUGCCGCCCCCCACCGUGCUCACCAGCCACGGCGUGCUGGGCCUGCCCCCCCACACCCAGCCCACCGCAAAGAAGAAGGGUGUGAAGCGCAAGGCUGACACGACCACCCCGAGCACCAUGGCCUACCCCCCUCUUGCUCCGCCGCUCUCCCAGGCCCGUGUGGGCGGCAUGGGCAAGGGCCACGGCCUCACCCCGGACGCGCCGCUCUCCCUGGUGCCCGUCUCGGUGGUGGAGAUGCAGCCGGGCGGGGUGGCACCGACGGGGGCCAAGAUGCUCGGCCGGCGCGGGGGCAGCGGGCGGCCCAUCAAGCCUCCACGUAAGGACCUGCCGGACUCGGUGCGGCCACCUCCUGGCGGUGCGCGGCGCAGGGCCAAGCUGAGCCAGCAGCUCAAGUACUGCAACGGUAUCCUGAAGGAGCUGCUCUCCAAGAAGCACGCUGCCUACGCCUGGCCCUUCUACAAGCCCGUGGACGUGUCCGCGCUCGGCCUGCACGACUACCAUGACAUCAUCAAGUACCCCAUGGACCUCAGCCUCGUGAAGAGGAAGAUGGACGAGCGGGAGUACCGAGACGCACAGCAGUUUGCCGUGGACAUCAGGCUCAUGUUCUCCAACUGUUACAAGUACAACCCUCCGGACCACGACGUGGUGGCCAUGGCUCGCAAGCUGCAGGAUGUGUUUGAGUUCCGCUACGCCAAGAUGCCGGACGAGGUCCUGGAGGAGGAAGAUGAGGAUCUGGCCGCCAUGGCGGUGGGCCGCGGCAGCAUGGGCAUGCUGGGAAGGCACUCUUCCUCGUCUUCGUCCUCCUCCUCCUCAUCCUCCUCGUCGUCGGAGAGCGAGCCGAGCAGCGACAGUGAGAGUGAGAGCAGCCCCAGCUCAGACAGCGAGGAGGAGAGGGCCCACCGCCUGGCCGAGCUACAGGACCAGGUCUGCACACAGCUGCGCGCGGUGCAUGAGCAGCUGGCUGCGCUCUCCCAAGGCCCCAUCAUCAAGCCCAAGAAGAAGCGCGAGAAGAAGAAGGACAAGAAGAAGAAGAAGAAGGCGGACAAGCGCAAGGCCGGCCGCAAGAACCAGGAGGAGGAGCGCGAGCGGGAGAGGGAGCGCGAGCGAGAGCGGGAGAGAGAGAGAGAGAGGGAGCGCGAGAGGGAGAGGGAGAGGGAGAGAGAGAGAGAGAGGGCCGAACGGGAGCGGCUGAAGGUGGUCAAGGCCACCAAGAGCAAGUCUAGCCGGGCCGCCUCCUCCACACAGGGCAAGAAGGGGGCGGCCAAGAAGAGCAACAAGACCAACAAGCCUGCCAAGAAGAGCCAGGUUCCGGUGUACGCGCUGCCGCACUACGACUCGGAGGAGGAGGAGGAGACCAGCCCCAUGUCGUACGACGAGAAGCGGCAGCUGAGCCUGGACAUCAACAAGCUGCCGGGCGAGAAGCUGGGCCGCGUGGUGCACAUCAUCCAGGCGCGCGAGCCCUCGCUGCGAGACACCAACCCCGAGGAGAUCGAGAUCGACUUCGAGACGCUCAAGCCGUCCACGCUGCGCGAGCUCGAGCGCUACGUCAUGACCUGCCUGCGCAAGAAGCCGCGCAAGCCCUACGUGGUCAAGAAGGCAGGCGGUGGGAAGUCCAAAGAGGAGCUGGCGCUGGAGAAGAGACGAGAGCUGGAGAGGAGACUGCAGGACGUCAGCGGUCAGCUCAACUCCGCCAAGAAACCCCAGAAGCCCAAGGUGGAGAAGCCCAGCGCGGCGGAGCCCCACCCGGUGCCCUCCCGCCUCAGUGCCAGCAGCUCCAGCUCGGACUCUUCGUCCUCCUCGUCCUCUUCCUCCUCCUCCUCCGACACCAGCGACUCAGACUGAGCUGCCCCUCCCUACAGGAAAAGAGGCGGCGUGAAUGUGUGAGGGAGAGAGCGAGAGUGGGGGAGACUGACAGAACUCAGGGAGCAGACCAGGCUUGUUGCUACCCCACAGGGGGGCAGUUAGAGACCGCUCCUUCCCAGCUUCUGCGGAGGAGGUGGAACAACCCCCUAACACCCCAGUACCCCCCUCUCCCCCAGCAGAGUAUCGGGGCAGGGGGGGUUCCCUUACCCAGAGGCCCCCACUUGGCAGCCUGCCCUCCUGCUUUCUGUGUAAAUAGCUGUACAGAUUAUAAGGAAUAUAAUUUUCUUUCAUAAAGAAGCAUUUUAAGGAGCAGCCCAUAGUGGGAGAAGAGAGGAGUGGAGAGAAGAGGAGAAGAGAGGAGGGAAGAGGAGAGGAGAGGAGGGAAGAGGAGAGGAGAGGAGAAAAGAGAGAGUGUGGUGGGGACAUCUGGACACUUGUUUUUUUUCUGAGCUGUCAGUCAGCAGCUGGGAGACCCAAAAGAUUUCCUUUUCUUUUUGUUGUUUUAUUUGUUUUACUUUUGUUUUCCCCUGUUUUUUUUUCCCAGUGUUAAUGCUUUCAAACCUUACCCCUGGAAAGAUCCCUGUGCUGCAGGUUUCAAACACUUAAGAGCAUCUCAGCUGGGCUCAAGCUUGUGAUGUUGCAUUGCUUUAGGUAGGACGGUCAUCUGUCUGGGGACAUAGGAAGCCCUUGCUGGAGUGGUUGCAAUUGGUGGUCACUAUGAUAAAAGUCAGAUGAACAUGUCGGUGAGAUGGUGAAUUUCAUUUCAGAUGCACAUGUUUGUUGUGGGUGGAGAGUUUCUUUUAGUUCACGAUGGAGGUCAUUUAAAGUCAUAGCCUAUGUCUUGUCGAUCGAUCACCUCCAACAUUAUGUGACACCUGAAAAUCUAAUGUCGUAUGAUUCUCCUGUCACAACCAUUCUGAAAUGAAAGUCCUCUGUGUGCUAUCAGUGAAGUGUUUUAGCUUGUAUAUCUGUCCCCUUUGUACUGUGUGUGCAUCACUUUGCUCCAGCUAUUUGAUGUGUAUAAUAGACAAAGCUAUUCAUUUUCCCCCCAUUGUUUUUUGCUCUGUCCUGUCAAUUUUUGUCCAUACCUGUUGUUGUUUUAAAAAAAAAAAAAACAAGGAUCUGCUAUUAGUUUUGUUUUGGGUUAUUUUUUCCAUCGUUGUCUGGUUUUUGACUUGGCCUGUUAUGGCAGAAGCUAUUUUGUUGUUGUUGUUUUCAUAAGACCACUCUCACACCUCACAUCUCUCUCUGAACCACAGAUAUGUCACCUGUGUCUGGGGGUCGGUACUGUAAAAAAAAAAAAAAAAAAAAAAGAGGAAAAAAAGUUGGAGUUGGAGACUCUAGCGUCAGCUUGCCUGAACUAGAGAGGAUGGUGCUAGUUUACGCUUGAUUUUUAUGCUUGACUUGGCGAACUGUAUUAUUUGUACUAUGUUAACUCAGGACAAGACACAUUCAUUGCUAACGUAAUAGCAAGGACACAUGUAUAGUAAAAAAAAAAAAAAGACUUCAGAACUGGUCUUCACACCAUUCCUUGUAUAACAGUUGUACUGUAGAUCAUGUUUCUAUUUGUCUUCUAGUUUUGUUUUGUUUUUUUCCCUCCCUUUUUCAGUGUAAAAAAACAACAAAAAAAUGUUAGACUAUCUGACUCUCCAUUGUUGAGUUUUUGGAUAUUGUACAACCUCGGUUAAUAUAGCUUCUGGCUGCAUCAACAAACAUCUCGUCUGUACAUAUUAAAAGAGAUUUUGUUCUUUAAAAAA